AUGGCACCAUGCGCCCGGCGCUCGCCAAAGCGCGCCCGCUCCCGGAGAGAAGCGGCUGCCGGGCCAGGAGAGGCGGCGCGCGCCUCCGCCUUCCCCGCUCCCUGCCUGAGCGCACCGGCGGCGGCGGGCCGGCCGCGGGUAGGAGCGGGGGAGGCACCGCUCACCGGCCCGCCGCCCGCUGCCGCCAGGGGGCACCGCCAGCCCGCCACGGGCCUGGCCCCCGCUCCGGCGGGCCCACGGGAGGGACACCCGCCCCACAGCGCCCCGGGCCCUCCGUGGGGGCCCGCGCCCCGGGAGCGGUCCGUCAAUCGUGACGGAGGCGCGGCGGGGCGGCCCGCUGCUGGGCUGGCUCGGGCCAUAAUCCGGAGCUGCCCGCUUUCCUCCUCCGCCGACGAAAUUCACCUCUGGGAAGCGGCGUCUUGCAAAGCGGAGGCAGCGCGUCCCCACGCCGGAGCGGGCCCCCGCGCUCCCGGAGCGAGGGCCCCAUCAGUAGCGGCAGGUGCUACGGAGCCCUGUGCCGAACCGGCCUCGGCCGCGGGCAGCGCGCUCGGCGGGGAUGAGCUCCGCAACCGCCGCGCAGUGGCUUCCUCGGAACGACCCGCUUCCCAGGCGGUGAAGUCCCGGCUUGUUUUACCGAGAUCACCCAGGGCGAAAGCAGCGGCCGCCGGGCGCCGGCGGACAGCCAGCAGGCCGGGGCUGGGGCCGGGGCCGGCGGAGCGCACGGUGCAGCCGUCCCGGGGCGUGCCCUGCCGCAGCGCCGUCCCCGAGCAUCACGGCAUCUGCAGCCGAAACGGGGUUUUGCUUAACAUUGAGGGAGCGCUUGGACCUGGAGCAGGCUGGCAGCCGCCCGGGGCUGCAUUCCAGGGGUCCCUGGCGGCGGGGGGUCAGACCGGCCGAGGGGAGGGGACCCAGCGGUAUCGGGGAGAGGGAGCGGGAGGGCCCGCACGACCCGGCCGGGGGCGGGGAGUCGGGGCCAGCGGCGGGGCCGCCCGGGAGAUGCCUGCUCGUGGUUCCCACGGCGGGCGGCGGGACGGGAAGCCUCCUCCGGUGCCCCACUCCCCCCCCCCCCCCCCCCGCCGUCGGAGGGCCGCAAGAAAAGACACACAAGUAGUUUUAUGGCGCCGAGAAGUCUGCAGAAAUAAACCCCACAUAUUUCUACCUGGAAAAAUGAGAGCGUUAGGUUACAGGAAAGUCAAUGAACAGCACAAAUGCACCAUUACUGUGCAACAAGCGUCACUGAUGACAGAUACAAAGUACCGGCCGGCCGCAGCGCACUGUUUUAGCGCAAGUUUUAAGCCAGAGGACGGGGCCGGGAGCUGGGCUUCCAACUGCCCCUCGGGGCUCGCACGGCCGGUCCGCCGGCACCGGGAACGCGCCACUGGACCCUGCUGCUGGCCGGCGGGCCGACCGGGGCUCGGGGCAGCGGCCCCCGGAGAGCCACGCAGCCGCCGCGGGUACCGGGGGCGGCCGGCCGGGGGUAGCCUGCGGUUCCCCGGCGCCGAGGGGCCUCCCGCGGGAGCGGGGCGGAGGCGGGCCGCGGGCCCGGACACCCUCCAGUGUCCCCGGGGCAGCGUGCUGGCGACGGGGCACUGCGCUCCGGCCCACGCCUACCGCCGGCACCAGCCCGGCUGCGAACGGGCCCGUCUCUUACCCUAUUCCAGAGGUCCCGUGUACCGGCGGGGCCUGCUCCUCGAGGGACGACUGCUGGCUGCCGGUGCGUAG